GGCGUCAGACGGGGGAGGGCAGCGCGACCCCAUUUUACGGAGGCAGAAAUUGAGGUCCCGGAGCGGAAAGGUUUCGCGUUUCCGGGAACAUCUCUGCAACAUCUCUAUAGAUCACUUUUUUCAUGCAUUCAGUGAACGCGUGUUGAGUAUACACCGUGCCACGUCCUGGUCGUCGGGAUGGUGGUCACUGAAAAUGAAGUCUGUGUUCUAGUGGCCACUUAUAAAAAGUGACUGGAGUCACAGGGGCCAUGCGGGAAACAGAGCAGAGUAGGAAGCUGAGGUUAGGGUGAGAUGCUCAAGAAGGCCUUGCUCAGGAGAGAACGUGUGAGCUGAGAACCGAGAACCAAGGGGUCUUCCUAUGUGAAGCUCAUGGGAAAACCUGGGCAGAGGAAAUGGGAGGUGCAAAAGCCCCGCGGUUGGGAGCGUUGAGAGCUUUGCAAGCCAGCGAAGCACAGAUCCAUUGUGUAACCUGCUGGAGACCCACUUGUCUCCAACCUCCUGUCAACCCACUACCACACCAGUUCCCAACAUUCUUUCUCACCAAGGCUACCUUCUGCCCGCUCUGCUUUGCUUUGCGCUUGGCAAGCCUUUUAUUCCAUACCCCGCAGCUAGCAGAUAAGCAUCUUUGUGGCCAAGUUCCAGGUGCACGUGACAGCUUUCUAUGCACACUGUAUCCUAUAUAGAGAGCAGUGUUUCUCAAAUCAUCCAUGGUGGAAGCAGUGGUUUUUAAUUUUCAGUUGUGUUUUUACAAUAUAACUUCACAAUUAUAUUGUAAAAAUCAAUAUAAAUGAAGUACUAGGAAAACGGAAGAUCUGAAAACAUAGGACAUAGAAGCCCAUUUAUUUUUUUCAGUACAACAGACAAAAUUUACUCUAUUAAAUUGCUGUACAAAAAAAUAGUUGCUACAUGUUUCGAAACCUUUACUCUUUCUAUGCUAGUCUGUUGUGAGCUGGCAACAGUUAUAGUGUAUCAGCACUAGACUGUGCGCCUUGCUUUUAGGAGUACUUAACGGUAGAGUGCCAAGUCCUAGGAUUGUCUGGAUCCAAAUUUCUCUCUCUGCCAAUUCCUAGAUGUGUAACUUAGGCAAAUUACUUAACAUCGCUGAGCCUCAGUUUUGCUGUCAAGUAGAACUAAUAAUAGUACUUGCCUUGGAUUUGCGCCAAUGUAGCUGAGCCACUUAGGUCUAAUCUUAUAAAAGACAUUUGACGAACAGUACCCUCUGUUAUGAUCAUUAUAAUUCCCAUUUCCCUGAAGAUUUGCAGGAAGAGCUCAUUUGUAUAGGAAAGCUGUUGACUACAAACAGAUAAAAGAAUCAUCAAGCAGCAUAGAUUACUGUGCUAGCUAAAAAUUAAUUGAAGGAAUAUUUCAGCAGCAAGCAUUUAGAUAUCACAGCAACCUUGUAAUAAAGUGGUUUUUUUUUUUUUUUUUUGAUACUGUAGGUACCACUACCACAGGGAUAUUCUACCACCAAGCUACAACCCGCCCCCCAGCUCUUUAUCUGUUUAUUUAUUUAGUCUUGCUAAUUGCUAAGGCUGGCCUCUAAUUUUCAAUCCUCCUUCUUCAACCUCCAGAGAGACUGGGAUUACAAAUGUGUGCCACCACGGCUGGCCUAUUUUUUUUUUGUUUUUAAUCCCUCUAGCAGAUACGGAAAUUAAAGCUCAAAAAAUUUAAGUAGAGUGCCCAAAGGGUAGCAACUGGCUUCUUGCACCUGGGUGGCCUCCGCACUGCCCUGUACAACUACAUCUUUGCCAAGAAGCAUCAGGGGAGCUUCAUCCUGAGGCUGGAAGACACGGAUCAGAGCCGCCUUGUGCCUGGGGCAGCAGAGAAUAUUGAGGACAUGCUGGAGUGGGCAGGCAUCCCCCCUGAUGAGAGCCCCCGCCGGGGAGGUCCUGCGGGGCCCUACCAGCAAUCUCAGCGUUUGGCACUGUAUGCCCAGGCCACAGAAGCGCUGCUGAAGACAGGAGCUGCCUAUCCCUGUUUCUGCUCUCCACAGCGGCUGGAACUCCUGAAGAAGGAGGCCCUGAGGAGCCAUCAAACGCCCCGGUAUGACAAUCGGUGCCGGAAUCUGAGCCAGGAGCAGGUGGCCCAGAAACUGGCCAAGGAUCCCAAGCCUGCUAUCCGCUUCCGCCUGGAGGAGGAGGCACCAGCCUUCCAGGACCUAGUAUAUGGCUGGAGUCGGCAUGAAGUGGCCAGCGUGGAGGGGGACCCAGUCAUCCUGAAGAGUGAUGGCUUCCCCACGUACCACCUGGCCUGUGUGGUGGACGACCACCACAUGGGCAUCAGCCAUGUGCUGCGAGGCUCCGAGUGGCUCGUCUCCACCUCCAAGCACCUGCUUCUCUACCAGGCCCUGGGCUGGCGGCCACCACACUUUGCCCACCUGCCCCUGCUGCUCAACAGGGAUGGCAGCAAGCUGUCCAAGAGGCAAGGGGACAUUUUCCUGGAGCAUUUUGCUGCUGCUGGCUUUCUGCCUGAAGCCUUGCUCGAUAUCAUCACCAACUGUGGCUCGGGGUUUGCAGAGAACCAAAUGGGCAGGACCCUGCCGGAGCUGAUAGCACAGUUCGACCUGACUCGGAUCACCUGCCACUCGGCCCUGCUGGACCUGGAGAAGCUCCCAGAAUUCAACAGGCUGCACCUCCGACGGCUGGUGAGCAGUGAGUCCCAGAGGCACCAUCUGGUGGGGCAGCUGCAGGCCCUUGUGGAGGAGGCAUUUGGGACCCGUCUGCAAGACCGGGAUGUCCUGGACCCAGCCUAUGUGGAGAGGAUCAUCUUGCUGCGACAGGGUCACAUCUGCCGCCUACAGGACUUGGUCUCCCCGGCCUACUCCUACCUGUGGACUCGGCCUGCUGUGGGUCGAGCACAGCUGGGCGCCAUCUCAGAGAAGGUGGAUGUGAUCGCCGAGCGCUUGCUGAGGCUUUUGGAAAAAUCUGGCGUGAGCUUAACGCAGGAUGUGCUGAAUGGAGAACUGAAGAAGCUGUCGGAAGGUCUGGAAGGCACAAAGCACAGUAACGUGAUGAAACUCCUCCGAGUGGCCCUCAGUGGACAGCUGCAAGGACCCCCUGUAGCUGAGAUGAUGGUGUCCCUGGGACCAACAGAAGUGCGGGAACGAAUCCAGAAGGUGCUCUCCAGUUAGGGAGAAGAUGUGCAGGACACUGGAGGCAGCUGUACGAACCUGUGGACCUGGGAGCUGCCUUCAGAGGAGAGGAAAGGGAGGCCUGGGGCCCUCUGGAGCACUACGGAAGGAGCUGAACAUGAACCGGAAUCCCUGCUGCAUAUGUGUGUUACAUGUACGGUGUAUUCAUGCUCCAUGGCAGGUCUUCAGCUGUCUCGCCUCCUUGACUCUGGGAGGGAUGUUCUUGUGUCUGUUCUUUCAAAUCACAUUACACAGCCCCAAAUAGUGUAACCCCAGAGAGCUCAGGGGUUAGGGUGCUGCAUCCGCCAUAACCAAAUACCACAGAACAACAGAGAUUUAUUUUUUCACAGAUCUGGAGGCUGAAGGUCCAAGAUCGAGCGGUUUUCCCCAAAGCCUCUUUCCUUAGCUUGCAGGUGCCGUUUCCUUGCUGUGCCCUCCCAGGGUCUUCCUCGGUGCACACAAACCUGGUGUCUCCCUGUGUGUCUUCAUCUCCUCUGACGAGGAUGCCAGUCAGAUCAAGGCUCGCCCUAACAGCCUCACUGUGUGACUUCUUUAACGGUCCUGCGUCCAAAUGCAGUCUACAUUCUGUGAGUUAGGGCUUCGUCAUAUGAAUUUGAAGGGGACACAGUUCAGCUUAUCAUAGUUUGGCAGCAGCCCGAACUAUGGAUCUCACUUUUGUGGUGCAAUUUGGAGUUAAAACGACAACAGAUAGGGCUGAGCAGGCUUUGUUUGGGGUUGAAAUGGGAGAAAUCAUACUUCUGCCAAGGGUGAGCCCUGUUUUAUGCUACUUUUGUCCUUGAACCUGGGACAGCCUUUCUCUGAAGGUCACCUGUUUCUGGUUCUCCAGAUAGGAUCCUUGGGCAGGAGACCUUCACCCUGCCAUUGUGUGUCUGUCUCCACGUCCACUUCUAUGCCAUUGUUUGUAAGUCAUUGUCUGCAGAUUUCCAAAAUGAGAUUUCCUCUUAGGGUCUUAGGUGACUGGGAGUAGCUGAAAGGAAAGGAGGCUGGUGCCUGGCGACAAAGCCCUUACAAGGCUUGUAGCCUUCUGUGGGCAGCCAGCCUCUAAGGUGGCCCCGUGAUCUCUGCCUCUUGGUACUCACCUGUGCAUGGUUCCUCUCCACCCUGGACUGUGCCGGCUGUUUAGGAAACGACACAGCUUGAUUUCUGAGGCUGGGUCAUGGAGUAUAUUUGGCUUCCAUCUUGUUUUGUCUAAUCCCUGACUUGGGGGAAAGCCAGCUUCCAGCUCGUGAAGACAGUCAAGCAGCCCUGUGGACGGGCCCUGCCCACAGCCAGUGGUGAGCCGUGUUAGCUGUUAGCUGCUGCUGCUUUUUUUUUUUUUUUUUUUUUUGUGGGGCUGGGGAUUGAACGGUGAACCAUGUUAGAAGCUGAUCUUCCAGGCCCAGCCAAGCAUUCGACGACUACAGUCCUGGCCAAUGUCUUGACUGCAACCUGCAUGAGAGGCCCAGAGCCAGAACAGCUGAGUGACACUGGUCUGGGAUUCAGACAUGCCCAAAUUGUGAUAAAGUAAAUGUUUAUUGUUUAAAGCCACUUGGUUUGGGAUAAUUCAUUACGCAAUAAUAGAUAACUACCUUAAUUUUUGCCCAGGAGAGUAGGGAAAGGAGAUUAAAGAGUUUGUUGAGCCUUA